GAGGUGCCAUUGGAACGCCGACUCGAGGAAACUUCCACGCGAGCCACUCCGUCCGACGGUUUCCGGAGACGCUCUCCUUCUCCGCCGUCAGCGGCUGGUGGUGUUCUCAGAUUCGUGCUUCUUCCGCCCUUCUUCGUCUUGUUCUUUCGUCCGUGAUGUUCUAAUCGAAGCUCUGGCCAUGGGAGGCAGAUUAUCGAAGUCCAGAGGGUCUAAUCAUUAUCCGCAAUAUGUGUCUACGACUUCACGGAGCACUUCGAGGUACUCAUCACACCCGGAGGCACAUGACCUGCCCAGGGCGACAGGGAGGUUGCAGAAGAAGUAUUCGAAGAUAGGCGAUGAUUACAACUCUGUUGAACAGGUAACAGAAGCUCUUUCAAAUGCUGGUCUCGAAUCAUCUAAUCUUAUUGUUGGCAUUGAUUUUACAAAGAGCAAUGAGUGGACAGGUAAGGUUUCUUUCAAUCGCCGAAGUUUACAUGAUAUGGAUCAUUUUCCAAACCCUUAUGAAAAAGCAAUAUCAAUCAUUGGAAGGACUCUCUCUGCAUUCGAUGAGGAUAACCUUAUUCCCUGCUUUGGAUUUGGAGAUGCAACCACUCAUGAUCAGAAAGUGUUCAGUUUUUUUCCAGACAACCGACCGUGUAAUGGCUUUGAGGAAGCACUUCAAAGAUACAGAGAAAUAGUUCCACAACUUCGUCUUGCUGGUCCAACAUCCUUUGCUCCAAUAAUUGAAACAGCUAUCAGCAUCGUAGAUCACAGUGGUGGCCAGUAUCAUGUUCUUCUUAUUAUAGCAGAUGGACAGGUUACACAUAGUGUGGACAGAGAUCGUGGUCAGUUAAGCUCACAAGAGAGAGAUACUAUAAAUGCUAUUGUUAAAGCUAGUGAUUAUCCACUGUCAAUAGUUCUUGUUGGAGUCGGUGAUGGUCCUUGGGACAUGAUGCAGCAAUUCGAUGAUAACAUACCUUCUAGGGCAUUUGAUAAUUUCCAGUUUGUGAAUUUUACAGAAAUCAUGUCGAGAAAUAUCACCAGUAGCAAAAUGGAGGCGGAGUUUGCACUUGCAGCUUUGAUGGAAAUUCCUUUGCAAUACAAAGCAACACUGGAUCUCCAACUUCUCGGUAAUCGUAGAGGAAUUGAGGAAAGGUUUUGUCUUCCGCCACCAGUGAAUGGUAAUGGUUCGACUGCAAAACGCCCAGAAUCAAGCAUUACUUAUCGGAGUACUGGAUUGAAAAAAAGCAUCCCUGCUGAGACAUCAGAGAGUUCUACAGAAGAGAGAAAGAUCGGUACAUAUCAGAUCUGUGGCAUAUGUGGGUACCUAAUGAAGAACCUAGCUUUCGGGUGUGGGCAUCAGACUUGCUAUGACUGCGGGAAGGAUUUGAAUGUCUGCCCAAUUUGCACGAGCCCGAUAGCCAAGAGGAUUAAACUCUAUUAACACUCAACAUGUAAUGUUUAAAGGAGCUGUCGGCCAUCUCGGCAUUGCCAUAAAGGCUUCUUUGAACUUGUAUGGUUGUUGCUGUUGUUGUGAUAUGUUUAUGGUGUACAUGCAAUCUACUAAUGAAUUGUGUAUAUUGUUGGGUUGCAGUUUUAUUUUAGAUUUUGUAAUUCAUGGUUGUCUACCUAAAUACAUUGGCUUUUUCUUCUUC